AUGGACACACACAGAUUCUGCUGUUCGAUCUGUCUGAAUCCACUCAAGGAUCCGGUGACUACUGUCUGUGGACACAGCUACUGUAAGAGCUGUAUUAACACACACUGGGACAAUGGGGAGGAGAGAGGAAGCUACAGCUGUCCUCAGUGUAGACAGACCUUCACACCAAGGCCGGUCCCAGUGAAAAACACCAUGUUAGCUGAUCUACUGGAGGAGCUGAAGAAGACUGGACUCCAAGCUGCUCCUGCAGAUCACUGCUAUGCUGGACCUGAACAUGUGGCCUGUGAUGUCUGCACUGGGAGAAAACGGAAAUCUCUUAAGUCCUGUUUGAAUUGUUUGGCCUCUUAUUGUGAAAAACACAUCCAGCCUCAUCUUCAGUCCCCUCCAUUGAAGAGGCACAAGCUUGUGGAGCCCUCGGAGAAGCUCCAGGAGAACAUCUGUUCUCGUCACGACGAGGUGAUGCAGAUGUUCUGCCGCACUGAUCAGCAGUGUGUCUGUUAUCGCUGCUCUGUGGAGGAACAUAAAGACCACGACACAGUGUCAGCUUCAGCAGAAUGGACUGAGAGGCAGAGAGAGCUCGGGCUGAGGAGACAAACAAUCCAGCAGAGAGUCCAGGACACAGAGAAAGACGUGAAGCUUCUUCACCAGGAGGAGGAGGACGUCAAUGGCUCUGCUGAUAAAGCAGUGGAGGACAGUGAGGAGAUCUUCACUGAGCUGAUCUGUCUGCUGGAGAAAAGAAGCUCUGAUGUGAAGCAGCAGAUCAGAUCCCAGCAGGAAACUGAAGUGAGUCAAGUCAGAGAGCUUCAGGAGAGACUGGAGCAGGAGAUCACUGAGCUGAAGAGGAAAGACCAUGAACUGAAGCAGCUCUCAGACACAGAGGAUCAGCACCAGUUUAUAUACAACUACCCCUCACUGUCACCACUCAGUGAAUCUACACACUCUUCCAGCAUCAGGAUCCGUCCACUGAGGGACUUUGAGGACGUGACAGCAGCUGUGUCACAGACAAAGACAGAGAUUUUACAGAUUGUGUCUCAAGUUUUACUGCCACAACCACAGCCACGGACCAGAGCUGACUUCUUAGAAUAUUCACAUAAAAUCACACUGGAUCCAAACACAGCACACAAAGGGCUGUUAUUAUCUGAGGGAAACAGAAAAGUAAAACAUAUGAGAGAAGGUCGUCAGUCUUAUUCUAAUCACCCGGACAGAUUCACUGAUUGGGAUCAGGUCCUGAGUCGAGAGAGUCUGACUGGACGUUGUUACUGGGAGGUGGAGAUGGAGGUGAAGGGGAGAGCAGGGGUUCAUGUAGCAGUCACAUACAAGAAUAUCAGCAGAGCAGGAGUCUCAUCUGUAUUUGGAAACAAUGAUGAAUCUUGGUCAUUAUAUUGUGGUGGAACCAUUCAUGACUUUAAUUACAACAGCAUCAAGACUCCAGUGUCAGGUCGUCGGUCCUCCAGAGUAGGAGUGUACCUGGAUCACAGUGCAGGUGUUCUGUCCUUCUACAGAGUCUCUGACACCAUGACUCGCCUCCACAGAGUCCGGACCAACUUCACUCAGCCUCUCUAUGCUGGAGUUAGAGUUUAUCCUCGAUCCACAGCUGAGUUCUGUUUACACCCUACGCGGAAGCAACGCCGAAGCGCCGCCCCGCGCUUGGUUGUUUACACCGGACGCUGA